UAGUUGUGUUUAAAGAUAUAGGACUUUUUUGACUUCCUCUUCUUUGAUUAAGUUAACUUACUUAUUUGAUGGUACUGAAUACUUCUUCUUCGUAAAGGUCACACCUUGCAUAUACAUUAUUCAUAUCCAAGUCAGUAUUAGUAUAAUAGAGGGUGCGUUAAGAUGCUUAAAGAAUUAAAUGGCAAACUGAAUUCAAUUUCAUAAGUCUACCAAGAAGCUUCCAUUAUUCAUUGUGUUAUAAAUAUAUGGCUAUUUUAGGUCAGGGAUGUAAAACUUCUCAUUUUCCCAUUUCAUAGCUAUUUCCGUCUGAUGAUGUCAUCAUAGGAAAAAGACCAAUCUCUAAUAUGAUUCAUAAUGUUAGUAAAUGGCAGCAUUACAACCUGUUGGCUGUGAUCACUGGCUUUAAACAUUUUUAAGUGAUAUGAUCCCAUUUAGAGGAAAAUAGCAGAUGUAAUCAUGACACCCAUGUCCAGUUGAAGCUGACUGCUGACAAAAAUGUUGCCGUGAACCAAGCCCAUAAUGGACAUUUACCUGUUGUAUGCAUUUGCAUGUAGCAACUGUACCUGCGCUUAGCAUGUACUGUCCACUAAAUAGGAGCACCGUGGUCUGUUGAAGUUAUGAAUCAAGUUUCUGGGACUGAAAAUCAUCACUGUCAUUUUUUAAAUUGUUACUUCCCGGUUUGUGUCUGUGUAUGUUAAGAGAUCCCCUGUGUUAACAGUCACCAGUCAUGUUCCAUGGUGUUAAGUGGAUGUUCUGUUGGGUUGCAGCAGUUAUGUAAGAGCCUCUCUGUGGACACUGUCCAGAUGAACAGGACAAAAACAAAACUGACUCCCCUAACUCUGACUCACACACACACAAAUGUUCCCUCAACAACUGACUGGUGUUUUAGCUGGAGUUUUCGGCACAUACUCAAUUUACUCAAUAAAACGCUGAAAUAUGUAACAACAAAACACACUGUAGUGACGUGAUAUACAAUCAAGCUGAUGCCAAACUGUGUCCACGUGUUUACAGACUGGCCUCCUACCCCCAAACUAUGACCACCUGAGGCUGACUAUCGUCUGAAAUAAGCAUAUAAAAUGAAAUGUUUUUGGACAUUUUGAUGUUUUACAUCAUGGAAAAAGGUUAGCCAACAACCAAAGAAUGUAUAGUAAGUAAUUUCGGUACUGUACUGGUUAUGGUAAACCUCGAAACCGAGCCACCUGGAAGGACAACAAGGCCAGAGGCUCACAAAAUGUGCUGUUGUCUCGCCCAAUACAAAACACCGUUAGAAAAUUUAAUGUAACAUCAACACACUUAUUAGAGUAAAGUAAAUUAGGUUAUAUAUUGUCAGUUUAUGCCAAUGUAAGAGUACUUGCAAAUUCUGCUAGUGAAUUAUUUAAAUUCCGGCAGUUAACGUUUCACAAUCUCUUCUUUUUUCCAGGACCGGUCUGUCUGGUUUAACUGCAGGGGGGAGAAAAGCCUUGUAAACCAGGCGCGACUCCCACGUACACACACACGACCAUGUAAGGCCUUGGCCAUGCCUCCCCUCUCUGGCCCCCACAUGCUGACCCUGCUGCAGCUUGCAGUACUAACUUGUGUGACUGGUGGGGCCUACUAUGGACACAAGCAACACCCACAACAAUAUCAACCAGUGCAGCACCACCAACACAUGGGCAUGGGAAAAGAAGGAUUUCCUCAGCAGCAGUUUAUUGGCAAAGAGAUUCCCUACAUGCAGUAUCCACAUUACAGGAAGGAGUUACCCCAGAUACCCGUGUUCAAGGGUAAAGAAAGUGGUCGUAAAGGAGGUCGAUAUAAUGGUGGUCAAGACAAAGGUCAGACAAUUCCUAGUGGUGCAGAGGGAGUUCCUCAGGGACAACCUGGUCCAGCUGGGCCACCUGGACCAGAAGGACCACCAGGACCUCCUGGGCCUCCUGGGGAUGGACAGCCAGGACUUGUUGGACAGCCUGGACCCGCAGGACCUCCAGGCUUGCCAGGCAUUGGAAAGCCAGGUUUGCCAGGACUGCCAGGAAAGCCAGGAGGAAAUGGCGAGCCCGGUCCACAAGGAGAAAUUGGUCCUAGGGGUGAGGAAGGGCCACCUGGACAGCCAGGGCCUCAAGGUCCUCCAGGACCCCCUGGACUACCAGGAAUAGGUAAACCAGGAGUACAAGGACUACCUGGUCAACCAGGAUUGAAAGGAUUGCCAGGUCACAAAGGGCUGCCAGGACUGCCAGGAUUACCAGGGCCAAAGGGGGAUAAAGGGAUGGGUCAACCAGGUCUACCUGGUCACAAAGGGCUUCCAGGACACCCAGGACCAAUUGGCCCAAGAGGACUGCCUGGUUUUGGAAAGCCUGGGCUUAAUGGUUUACCAGGCCCACAAGGACCCCCAGGGGAGAAAGGGUAUCCUGGAGAGCCUGGACCAGCUGGGUUAACUGGAGAAGGAGGACAGCCUGGCCCACCAGGGUUACCUGGCCAAGGAAAACCAGGUCAGAAUGGUCUCCCAGGUCAACCAGGUGUACAAGGACCUAAGGGACAUCAAGGAAUACCAGGUUUGCCAGGGAAACCAGGUCUACCAGGAUUUGGUAAACCAGGACUUCCAGGACCAAAUGGUGACAAAGGAAUGAGUGGACCCCCUGGAUCUCCAGGACCAAAAGGAGAAAAAGGACAUGUGGGACUGCCUGGCAUGCUCGGACCUCCUGGUCCAAAUGGCCCAUCUGGUCCCCCAGGUCCAAUGGGACCCUCAGGGGGUUUGGGUUCCCCUGGUCCUAAAGGUGACUGUGGUGAAGUAGGACCUAAAGGGCUUGAUGGAGGCCAGGGUGAACCAGGUCCUUCUGGCUUGCCUGGUAAAGAUGGUCUACCUGGAGAAAUUGGAGAACCAGGCCCAAAAGGUCCUCCGGGGCUCAAUGGUCCUAAAGGAGAUGAGGGUCAUAAAGGUUUACCUGGUACCCCUGGUCCUAUUGGACUACCUGGACCAAAAGGGCAGGUAGGACCACCAGGUGAAGAGGGACCUCAGGGUCCCCUAGGAAUUCCAGGAAUCGAUGGGUCAGCAGGGCCAAUAGGUCCUCCUGGUUUUCCUGGGCCAAAGGGAGACAUUGGUGCACCAGGUCUACCAGGGAUUGCAGGAGAAGGAAUCCAAGGAGUUUCUGGUCCCAUUGGACCACCAGGACGAGAUGGUCCUUUAGGACCUCCAGGACAACCAGGUCAGCCUGGGCCACCAGGCCCACCAGGUAUACCUGGCUUGUCUCCUGACAUGGCUGGAGUCCUUUCUGAGAUGGGCCCUGGACUCGAUGGUGUCAAGGCUGGUGGUUAUGGGAAAAAGGGCAAGUAUGGAGGUGAGGGGGCAGAAGUGAUGGGUGUUAGUGGGUUGGAAAUGCCAGCCUUCACUGCAAUAGCAACAACACCCUUUCCUCCUGUGGGCACUCCAGUGAUCUUCGACAAGCUCUUGUACAAUGGUCGCCAAAACUACAACCCUCAGACGGGAAUUUUCACCUGUGACAUGCCUGGCAUUUAUUAUUUUGCCUACCACAUCCACUGCAAAGGAGCCAAUGUUUGGGUGGCUUUGAUGAGGAACAAUGAUCCAGUCAUGUACACAUAUGAUGAAUACAAAAAGAGUUUCCUAGACCAAGCGUCAGGGAGUGCAGUGUUACCUCUACAAGCAGGAGACACUGUGUAUAUACAGAUGCCCUCAGAUCAGGCUUCAGGACUCUAUGCUGGGCAAUACGUGCACUCCUCUUUCUCUGGGUAUCUGCUGUAUCCAAUGUAACACCUCAGGGGUGAAGAUGAAAAACCUCAGUGAGAACACAAGAAUAGCAGAUUUUUGUAUAUUAUAAAACAUGGUCAAAAGUUAAGAGUAUUUUUAAAGUGAGAGGCAAUUCUUUCUUUAAGGAUAAGAUGAAGAGUUUCUGGAGGAAAUAUCACAGAUUGUGGUCUAACCUGAAGACCGCAAGCUGUUCAAAUGGAAACACAGAGCUUUAAUAUUUUUAUAAAGGACCUUACUAAAGGACCUUACUAAUGGAGA